CGUGGACAUCACCCCGGACAAACUGCAGCUCAUAUGCAACGCGCUGCUGGCCCAGUGGGAAUAUGAAUGCCUACCUCCCCGAGUUGUUGUGAGAUGCAGAUAAAGGGUUUUAAAGUGCUGUGCCAGCCUCCCACAGUUGUUCUUCAAGGAUUAAGAAGGUCUAACUCAGCCAAAACCGGUUUGGCUCAGUAGAUAGAGCGUCGGCCUGCGGACUGAAAGGUCCCGGGUUCGAUUCCGGUCAAGGGCAUGUACCUUGGUUGCGCGGGCACAUCCCCAGCAGGGGGUGUGCAGGAGGCAGCUGAUCGAUGUUUCUCUCUCAUCGAUGUUUCUGGCUCUCUGUCCCUCUCCCUUCCUCUCUGUAAAAAAUCAAUAAAAUAUACUUUAAAAAAAAAAAAGAAGGUCUAACUUAGUGGGGAAUGAUGGGGGCGUAACUCUAGCAGGGUGGCUGAAAAGAAGGAAGUGCUACCUCCCUGGUGCAGGGGCCCCCUGCCCACCAUUUGAUGGGAGAGUUGCCCUCUGCCAUUGCCCUCCAGGAGGAUCCCCUGCCACUGGCCUUCUAUGUCCACGAUGCUGAGAUCGUCUCCUCACUGGGGAGGACGCUGGAGUCCCAGGCGGUGGAGACGGAGAAGGUCCUCGACAUCGUUUACCAGCCACAGGCCAUCUUCAAGGUCCGCGCUGUGACCCGCUGCACCAGCUCCUUGGAGGGUCACAGCGAGGCUGUCAUUUCUGUGGCCUUCAGCCCCACAGGAAAGUACCUGGCCAGCGGCUCUGGAGACACCACCGUGCGCUUCUGGGACCUCAGCACCGAGACCCCGCAUUUCACGUGCCAGGGACACAGACACUGGGUCCUCAGCAUAUCCUGGUCCCCCGACGGCAAGAAGCUGGCCUCAGGCUGCAAGAAUGGCCAGAUUCUCCUGUGGGAUCCAAACACAGGGAAGCAGGUGGGCAGGACCCUCGCCGGCCAUAGCAAGUGGAUCACGGGCCUGAGCUGGGAGCCCCUCCAUGUGAACCCCGAGUGCCGCUACGUGGCCAGCAGCUCCAAGGAUGGCAGCGUGCGGGUCUGGGACACAACCUCGGGCCGCUGUGAGCGCAUCCUCACCGGGCACACGCAGUCGGUCACCUGCCUUCGGUGGGGAGGAGACGGGCUUCUCUACUCUGCCUCGCAGGACCGCACCGUCAAAGUCUGGAGGGCUCACGACGGUGUGCUCUGCCGGACUCUGCAAGGCCACGGCCACUGGGUGAAUACCAUGGCCCUCAGCACUGACUAUGCCCUGCGCACAGGGGCCUUUGAGCCAGCUGAGGCCUCGGUUAACCCCCAAGACCUCCAGGGGUCCUUGCAGGAGUUAAAGGAGCGGGCUCUGAGCCGGUACAACGCUGUGCGGGGCCAGGGCCCAGAGAGGCUGGUGUCUGGCUCAGACGACUUCACCUUAUUCCUGUGGUCCCCAGCAGAGGACAAGAAGCCCCUCGCACGGAUGACGGGACACCAGGCCCUCAUCAACCAGGUGCUCUUCUCCCCUGACUCCCGCGUGGUCGCCAGCGCCUCCUUCGACAAGUCCAUCAAGCUGUGGGACGGCAGGACGGGCAAGUACCUGGCUUCCCUGCGUGGCCACGUGGCUGCCGUGUACCAGAUCGCGUGGUCGGCCGACAGCCGGCUCCUGGUCAGUGGCAGCAGUGACAGCACAUUGAAGGUGUGGGACGUGAAGGCCCAGAAGCUGGCCACGGACUUGCCAGGCCAUGCGGAUGAGGUGUAUGCUGUCGACUGGAGUCCAGAUGGCCAGAGAGUGGCAAGUGGUGGGAAGGACAAAUGCCUCCGCAUAUGGAGGAGAUGACCCCGCCUGGACUUGGCCUGUGCCAGCUGCCUGCCCUGACAGAGACCAAAGGCCCGGGUGGUGACCCGGAGAACAAGUGUGGCCUGCUGUCCUUGCACAGACCCUCGAGCAGGAGAUUGGAGGUCACGGGAGGUCACCACAGAGCUCAGCCCUUGGCCGUCACUCUGUACCUUCCUGGUACCAUCAGGGGUGACAGGAGGCCAGGCAAUGACUAGACCCCUGCUGCUGCCCCUGCCUCCUUUCCCAGCUGCCAGCUCUAUUCAGAGUCAGACCCCAGAUUCUAUGACCAAAUAAAUAACUUAUAUUUUGUG